AUGGUUCUAAUAUAUGUCAAAUCUGGUGAAUGGAUGUCUAGUUCCAGCGAGGAGUGGAGUUUCGUGGUAGACAAAGACAGGCGUGGUCGAAUGGUGACAUUAGAUGCUACAACUGCGUUGGAGCGGCUCAAGAUCAUGGUGUGUGAGGAUUAUGGCGUGGAACCUAAUUCUGUUAAUGUUGAGUUGAGUUAUGAGAUGGUGAAUCAGAGAGGGAAUCCUCCCAUUAUCAUCAGCAAUGAUCGACAAGUAGCUAACUUUAUGGGCUAUGCGAAGAAGGGUUUAGGUCCUACCUUGUGUGUCACGUUCUCUAGUAGUGGUGUGAAUCAAAAGGAACGAGUCAACAUCGAUUUGAAUAAGGAGCCGUGUGAUUCAAGUAAUAUUGAGGAUGAGGAAGUUCCUGAAAUAAAUCCAGCAGAUUUUGUCAAAGCGUCAAAGGAGCCUUGUGAUACAAGGAAGGAGCAAGUCGCUGGGGAUGGUUGUGGUGACGAAAACGGAGACAGUGAAAACAAAAGUUUUCAAAUCCUUACUGAAAAGGAUGGUAAAUCUUUGCGCCCAGAUUUUGUGAAGAAGGAUCAAAUUUUCAGAAGUAAAAUGGUUCUUAAAGCAACAAUGGAGAUUUGGGCGAUGAAGCAUCAUUUUGAUUACACUGUUAACAAAUCUACUAGAAAGUGGUGGUACAUUCGAUGUAAGGAUAGAUUGUGCAACUGGGCUGUGCGUGCGGGAUGUCUGGAUGGGUCUACAUACUUCAUGAUCAACAAGUGCGAGGGAAGACAUACAUGUGCUCCUUCGAGGAGAAGCAAGUUUGGGAAAACAGCAUCGGCAAGAACAAUUGGGAGUCUGAUACAACAUCGAUUUGAUGAUUCAAAUGAAGGCCCAAAAUCAAACGAGAUCAUUCAAUUUAUGAGAAUGGAGCACAGUGUUGAGAUCACUUAUUCGCACGCUUGGGAAGCUCGUGAGUUUGCAAUAGCAGCUGUUAGAGGUAUACCAGAUGAAAGUUAUGCUAAAAUACCUAAAUAUUUGCAUAUGAUCAAAGAAGCUAAUCCUGGUACGCAUACUCACUAUGAAACUGCUGACGAUGGGAGAUUCUUGUAUCUAUUUAUGUCGUUUGGGCAAUCAGUUAGAGGAUUCUACAAUACAAUGCGUAGGGUGAUCGUUGUAGAUGGAACGUUUCUGAAAAAUAAAUACAAAGGAGUUCUACUUGUUGCUACUGCUGUUGAUGGUAACUCUAAUCUGUAUCCGUUAGCAUUUGGAGUUGUUGAUUCAGAGAAUGAUGAUUCAUGGGGCUGGUUCUUCAGACAAUUGAAAGAGGUUGUUGCUGACUCCAACGACUUAGCUUUUGUUUCGGAUAGAAAUUCAUCAAUCGCUAAAGCUAUUGCCACUGUCUACCCUCGAUCAACACAUGGAAUUUGCAUUCACCACUUGCUGACCAAUGUGGUUAAACAUUUUAAGGAGAAGGGGUUGACUGCCUUGGUCGAACAAGCUUCAAAGGCAUAUAGGUACACUGAAUUUCAGGAACGUAUCACCGAAAUUUUUGAUAUGAAUCCUGAGCUCGGAAGAUAUCUACGGGAGGCUGAUGUGAGAAAAUGGGCUCGUUCUGUCUUCCCUGGUUCCAGGUAUGACAUUAGGACCACAAACCCCGCAGAAUCCAUAAAUUCACUUCUGAAAAUACCUAGAGAAUAUCCGGUUAUUCCUUUACUGGAUAGUAUAAGAGAAUUCAUGACUCGAUGGUUCUACGAGCGUCGUCUGUUAAGCUCUAAACAUCUUGAUCCUUUAACCGUUAAGGUGGAGAAAAAGAUUGAUAGGAGAAUUGUGAAGGCAAAAGGAUUUCAGGUUUACAAGAUUGACAACUUCAGAUCGCUUGUGAAAGGAGACAAGUAUGAUUGUCAUGUUGAUUUGGGAAGAAGAACAUGCACAUGUGGGAAGUACGAUAUAGGAAAAAUACCUUGCAGACACGCCAUUCCUGCAAUUUAUUCACGAGGAAGAGAAGUACACAGUUUUACUGAUGAUGUAUACACCACUGCAACGUGGAGAAAAGCCUAUGAGGAGUCCAUUAAUCCAAUAGCAGUCCCAGAGUCUGACUGGAAUGUCCCAGCAAAGGUUAAAAGUACAAAGGUGUUGCCACCAGAUUCAAGAAAGAGUGCUGGUCGACCCGUGAAGAGAAGGUAUGAAACAGUAGAAGACAAGAUUAGAGCUUCUCAAGGAUCAAGCAAGAAUAAAAAGCACAAGUGCAGCCGUUGUGGUAACGAAGGACACAAGAGGGGAACUUGCGAUUUACCCAUUUAG